CUGUGGACAGAGAAUGUAGACAGAGAAUGUAGACAGAGAAUGUACACCAAAUAUAUUUAUUUCUCAUGCAUCUUCAAUGUUAUCGGGUGAGUGCAGCCAGCCUCGGGUAUGGCGCCACCCGCCUUACAGAACACCUUGACCAUCUGUGUGAGGUGCAAACAGCAUCCCCAUCACAACCACAACAACCUGAUUACAACCUGACCCCACUGCGUGCCGCACGUCGUCUGCUCGCGCACUGGGUGCAGUUAGCCGCUCGCGCUACGUCACAGCCACGCAUGCGCAACUAACGCAUUACGGAGCGUUACACUUUGGCGGGGUCAGAAUGUGUAACGCCGCGCGGUGCAUGCAGCUCGGGAGGGUAGCCUCCAGCCACGUACGGACAAGGCGGGGUGUCGGAGUGACGAGGGUGGACUGUGAAGAUCGCCGUUAUCUAGGUUGUCGUCGAUGUACCCGAUGUCUCACAACGAUGUGCGGCUGGUCCGAGGCAGGAGGUGAAAGGUCGUCACAUACGGUGUGGAACCCCAGUGUUCAAGACCUCUGAGGGUGCUGUGUGAUGUGUUUGUCUUGACGAGGACGUGUUCAAUUAAACCACUCGGCACCUCAGCUCGGCCUACACAUGGUGAAAAUGCGCAAAGCAGGCUGGGACAGUGACGUCACCGGCCUUCCCAUCGACAGAGGAUACGCCUGGGUCAUUGCAUUCUCAUGCCUCUUCUGCAACUUGUUGUCUCUUGGGGUUCAACGUGCCUACGGCAUCCUGUUCGUGGAGUUCCUGCGAAUGUUCCAGAUGUCGGCAGGUGUGACAGCCGUCAUCCUGUCCGCCCAGUCAGCCGUCACAAGCAUUGCAGCGUUGCUGACCCAGACGGUGGUUCUGUCCUUCCUCAGCGUGCGACAGACGGUGGUCAUGGGUGGCUUUCUGGGUGGUCUUGGCCUCAUCCUCAGCUACUUUGCCGAGAGCAUCUACAUGCUGUACUUCACUAUCAGCGUUCUUGUUGGUCUUUCUCUCGCUAUGAUCCUGGGCCCGGCGGUGGUGAUUGUCGGCAUGUACUUCGAGAAGAGAAGGUCGCUUGCCUCAGCUAUUGCCACCCUGGGUGGCAACCUGGGCUCCACCAUCAUGCCUAUCUUUGCACAGGAGCUGAUCGACGAGUACGGCGGCCGCAGCGCCCUCUUGCUGCUGGGGGGCACGUGCCUCAACGUCAUGGUCGGGGGGCUGCUGCUGAGGCCCCUCCAUCUUAACAAACGACGGAGAUACAAGACCGAAUCAAGGCCUGAAGGGACUUUUUCCGGUGGUGAAACGACCGCCACCAUUGCCAAAGACUUUAGCAACCAUCAGGACGAGGUUGAACAGUCAGAUAAACUUCUUCCCCAGAGGAAAGACCCAGCGCCAGCUGUCUUUACCGGUUAACUCCUCUGACCUGCCCUCUGGUGAGCUUAGCGUCAUCGGCUCCCUCACCAGCCUCGACAUCGUCAUGCUGCCACAAACAAUGACGCCGAGGGUCGUCGAUGAGCCAAGCGACGAUGACGAGAACUACCAGGCAGAUCCACAGGACACAGGCAAUGUCGACCAAUCAGCCAAUGGGCGUCAGCGCACGCCGUCACGUGCUACUAACGGUCAUCUGACGACAGGAAAGGAACGCAACCUCUUGUCCAAAGUGCUCGCGCUGUUUGACUUCGGACUGUUCCGGAAUCCCAGAUUUCUGGUUGUGCUGAUGUCCUUUUCCUUCGGCAUCGUGCCGGCGGCUCACUUCGGCACCUACCUCCCGGCCAUGACAGUCGACAAAGGGUUCACGGGGGAUGACGCCGCUCUCCUCCUGACCAUCUUUGGGGGGUGGGCAUGGUAGCCAGGCUCUUCUUUGGCUUCUUUGCUGAUCUGAACAUCAUCCCCCGCCCCCUGCUGACGGCGCUGCUGAUGGCGGCGUGUAGCGUGGCGGGGUUGUUCACGCCGCUCUACACGUCCUUCACCUCACUCAUCAUCUUCUGCGUCGUCUACGGCCUCUUUGGCCCGGUCUUCUUCUCCAUGUUCCCGGUCGUCAUCAUCGACAUCCUCGGCCUGAAAAGCCUCAGCACUACUCUGGGCUUCGUACAACUGUUUCAGGGAGUUGUUGUCGCUGCUGUCCAUCCAAUCAUCGGCCAUCUUCGUGACGUCACCGGAAGUUACCACGCCUCGUUUCACCUCAUGUCCUCCUGCGGCCUUUUCUCGGCGUUUGUGAUGAUAGUGACGUCACUAGUAAGUAAAACACAAGCCAGGUGUGCGAGGUCAAGGCCGCACGAGCCGUUGGAGGGUCAAAAGUCGAGCAAGUUAUAAGACGUCACGUGGCUAGGAUCAAGCCACGGAAGCCAUUCUGAACGUUUUCGCGAGCUGAUGCUGUGAUGGCCCAGGGAUGCUCACGUACACCGGGUACUUAGAGACAUAAGUAAGGUACUUUCAGGGUAGGUAAACCUCUGUGUAACUCCCCACCCCAUCUCAGGGUAAAGAGAACUAGAAAGCACGGACCAUUUCUUCAGAAAUGUUGUCAGACAAUGAUAAACCUCGACAAUACCGACUUUUUGAUUAUGUCCUCCAAAAAAAAAAAGUGGUGUGAUAUCAUCUAAAGUGACAUUUGAAAAUGGCAUUGCCCAUUAACAGUGAAUCCUCCAUCUUACCGGGGGCUAGUGUGGACUACCUUGAUAAAGGCUUUUCUCUCCGACUACAAAGCAUACAUCUUACAAACUAACUUAUGAAACCUGAGUUCUUGUAUUCCUGACAAGGAGCGGCCAAUGUGAGUUACUAACUUACUAUCAAGUGAAUGGGUUGACAUGCGAAUGGACUGAUAUCCAGUGUAAAUGUCAUUGUCUCUCGUGGUCUAUCUUGUUCAAAUGGUUGUGUGAGUGUUUUUGUAUGAACCUACAGAAGUUUGUCUUUUGUGUUAUGGUAUGUGUCUUAACAAGCGAUGUUGUUGUUGUUGUUGUUGUUGUUGUUUUCAAUUAUCUAUGUUUGUGUCAUGUAUGUUUUGACUACUAUAGCGUGUUAUGUACAUCGAAUAUAUUGACCUCAUAAAAAUUGAUAGUAUAUAACUAAUUUCAUUUCAGUAACAUGACUUUUACAAAAGUUUGUUGACCAGUGACUGGCGUGUUACUCACCUAGUGCAAGUGUCUGCAUGCGCCAUGAUGUUCCUACAUUGGUAUCAUAGAAGACAGCAAUGCUUGCUCUUUCCACUUGAUGAUUAAUGUUCCAUCUAUAAUGGAGCUUGACUGAUCAUGUCAUUUCCUCACGGAGGGAUUUGUUGGACAUUGUGAUGCUGCGAAAAGAUUUUAUUUCUCUCAGACCGUAGAAUAUCAGCUGCGAAGAAGACAUGGCCACAAUAGGAUGGCUGUGCAUUUUUGUCCACACUUCACCAUGAGUUUUCAGCUCUCAAAACAAAAGCUGGACUGAAAACUUUCAGGUCAAGUUCAUCUUGAUUAAAGAUAACUGUUUAUUGUAUUAUUUAAAAUCAAGAUUACUGUCAAUAUGACUGUUAUUGUCAUGCGGAAACAAAGGAGAACAGGCUUAUUUCCCAUGCUUACGGAAUUCCCAGAAGCUCUUAAAAUUUACCUUCAUUGUGUUACAGUCAUGUUACCUUGAAGUAUCCUCCGCCUCCAACGAACACACUCUUACAGUCUAGAGGUCCUCACUCCUUCUUUUGAUGCAGUAGUCGUUAGUGUUGAAGGUAUAAUCGCUCACAAAUUCCUUAUAUAUAUAUAGUGUGUGUAUAUAUACAAUACACAAUAACUGUGUAUUGUUAUUAUGACAGCGAUAUCAUUUACUUUUAUUCGUUGAGUUUAUUCUAUGCUGUUUUUAAAAACCGACACUGACAGCACCCUUGACUAAUUAUUGUGCUGUACACGAGCAUAGUUUAUAAUAUCAUUAUUAAAACUGUACAUAUUUCAUCUGGCCUUUGUUCAAAUACAAAAUCUCAAUACGCCGAUUUCUCUUUUUUUAUUGGUUGAAUUUUGAAAGUUUCCAAUAAAAUGAGGCUAUCACACUUUUUUACCAUCUUCUGCCAAAAAAUUUAU